AUGGCCGACGCAGAUACUUGGGAUAAGGCCAAGCUUAUGGGCACCGGAGAGGAGGGCAAGGGUGCUGACAUGGUCAAAGACAACCCUAUGUUGUGGGGUGUGCCAGGGUACUUGACCGAGGAGGAUGCUGACACAUAUUUCAAAUUCAAGGAAGACGUCAACAGCCGAGAUGCCGAACUCAGGAAGACUGUGUACUCUUUUGGAGAAGUCGAGGGGGAAGUCUGGUGUCUUACCCGUUGGCUUCGUGCUCGAAAGUUUGACUUGCCAGAGACCAUCAAAAUGAUUGAGGAAGCUACAGAAUGCCACAAAGUUCCUCGGGAGAAUGACUAUUAUUCCGACCCCGCCAAGGCUCUGGGAUGUGACGUUGCACUCUACUUUGCCAAUUAUCCUCAAUUGUAUACGGGAAAGUCAAAGAUUGGUGCUCCCAUCUUCAUCUCCAAGCCGGGUGUCUUGAACACUGAUGCCAUUGAAUGUAUCACCACUUUGGACGGUAUCCUCAAGUUCCAUUGGUGGGUGGAAAUGCACGAGUUUGGAAACCUUUUGCGGAACGAAAAGGAGAAGAACGACGAUUUCAAACUUUUCCAAUGUUUUUCAAUUCUCGAUUUGGAGGGCCUGACCACUUCCCAAUUGACCAGCAGGGCGUUGGCAAUCAUCAAGGAGCAAGCUGCAGUUGAUUCCCUAUGCUUUCCCGAGACAAUGUCCCGGAUGUUCAUCAUCAACAGUCCGCUCUUCUUCUCCGCCAGUUGGAGACUGAUCAAGGGUUGGCUGGACCCUCGUACAGCAAGCAAGAUCGACGUCGUCUCUAGCAAAGAUGCCGCCAAGAAAAAACUCUUGGAAUUGAUUGACGAGGAUCAACUGCCUGUUGAUUAUGGUGGCACUGGCCCUGACACCAAGGAAACAUUGAGAUCUGAAAUCAAGGGAGAUGCGAUUAAGAUACACUCGGAAAUGAUGUACCUGCGUGGUAGCGGAUCUUUCUCGAUCGAAGUUUCCCAGGGGGAAUAUGUGGAAGUCGAGGUCUGGACUCGAUCCACGGCCGGCGGUGGCUUCUCUGUCGUCGACCACAACGACAAGAAAAACAUCAUUGUUGAUAAAAUGGAGGUCAAGCAUGAGGGCACUGGUGAUGAAAAGGAAAGCCCCACUCGUGUUGUCAUGACGAAAACUCGCCUUGCUGGACCAAUGCACCUCAGAGUGAAGGCAGAAUCGAAUGCAGGCCGUUUCUCGUGCCACAACUACCUACUCGCCUUCAUAUUCUUUGAUAAACCAAACUAG